AUAGCUUAUGCAACACCCAUAAGUGUGACUUUUGCAUUUUCAUUUCUUAUUUGCCAAGUCAACAUCGGCGGUAGUUCUGAGUCUCACGAUAAUAGCUUCCUGAUCGAUCGAGAUCGAUAUUUUCCUCUGAAUCACGAGUUAACUGGUUGCGAAAGAGAACUAUGCAUCAGUUGUAUCACCUGUGUUAGCCUUGUGCUGAUCGGCGAUUCUGGAGUAGGAAAAUCUAAUUUGCUGUCACGGUUCACCCGCAAUGAAUUUAAUCUCGAAUCGAAAUCUACCAUAGGUGUGGAAUUCGCUACUCGUAGUAUUCAGGUUGAGGGCAAAACUGUGAAGGCUCAGAUUUGGGAUACUGCGGGUCAAGAACGGUACAGAGCAAUCACAUCGGCGUACUAUCGUGGAGCUGUUGGCGCUCUGUUAGUUUAUGAUAUAGCGAAGCAUGUGACAUAUGAGAACGUUGAGCGUUGGCUCAAAGAACUUCGCGAUCAUGCUGAUCAGAACAUCGUGAUUAUGUUGGUUGGAAAUAAAAGUGACCUCCGUCAUCUGAGGGCUGUUCCAACUGACGAAGCGAAGAUGUACGCGGAGAAGAAUCAACUGUCUUUCAUUGGUUGGUUUUUUUUGAAUCAUGGAAUUGAACAUAGAGUGAAAACAUCUUACCGCUUCCCAAAUAACCUGAUUCAUCUAUGUGAAAGCUUGUUCAGUUUUAAAUUUUAUUUGAAUAAGGCGCACGGAGUUGUAGCCAUAGGUGAAUUGUGGAACAUUCCCUCGUAG